CUGGCCCGCUGCCUCUGCCCCGGGCCGCCGGCAAGUCCGGGCCCGAGUCACUCGGUCUCUCCGGUCGAGCUGGCCGGCCUCGAUGGCUACGUGGAGGCGGGACGGCCGGCUGACCGGCAGUCAGCGGCUGCUGUGCGCGGGGCUGGCGGGGGCACUCAGCCUCAGCCUCACCGCGCCCCUGGAGCUCGCCACCGUGCUGGCCCAGGUCGGCGUGGGGCGAGGCCACGCCCGGGGGCCGGGAGCCGCAGCGUUCGGGGUGUGGCGGACCGAGGGGCCCCGGGCCCUGUGGAAGGGGAACGCGCUGGCCUGCCUGCGCCUCUUCCCCUGCAGCGCCGUGCAGCUCGCCGCCUACCGCAAGUUUGUUGCGCUGUUCACAGAUGACCUGGGCCAUAUUUCCCAGUGGCACUCCAUUGUGGCUGGGAGUCUCGCAGGCAUGGUUUCCACCAUUGUGACAUAUCCUACAGACCUCAUCAAAACCCGGCUGAUUGUGCAGAACAUGCUCGAGCCAUCUUACAGGGGGAUCCUCCAUGCUUUUUCUACCAUUUGUCAACAGGAAGGGUUCCUGGCCCUUUAUCGAGGGGUUUCCCUCACUGUUUUAGGUGCUCUCCCCUUCUCUGCUGGCUCCCUGCUAGUUUACAUGAACCUGGAGAAAAUCUGGAAUGGACCCCGAGACCGGUUCUCUCUCCUGCAGAACUUUGCCAACGUGUGCCUGGCUGCUGCGGUGACCCAGACCCUCUCGUUUCCCUUUGACACCGUGAAGAGGAAAAUGCAGGCUCAGAGCCCCUAUCUUCCCCACCGUGGAGGUGUAGAUAUCCAUUUCUCAGGAGCAGUAGACUGUUUCCGGCAGAUCGUGAAGGCUCAAGGGGUCCUAGGGCUCUGGAGUGGAUUGACAGCCAACUUAUUGAAGAUAGUACCAUAUUUUGGAGUUAUGUUCAGCACCUUUGAGUUCUGCAAGAGAAUAUGUCUUUACCAAAAUGGUUACAUUGUGUCACCUCUAAGCUACAAGUUGACCCCAGGGGUAGACCAGAGCUUGAAGCCCCAGGAAUUAAGGGAAUUAAAGAAAUUCUUCAGAACUGGAAAACUGAAGUCUAAAAAACCAACUUUGUAAAACCGAACAGAACUAGAAAUACACUGGCUGAAGGCAUGCUGCAAUCACAGAUGAAUGUAACCUCACAGUGGUGUGUGGAGGAAUAGUGAGAGCGUACACCCAUCUGCCAUGCUUGGAAAUGAGAUGCUUUGGCCCUGCACCACCUCAGAGCCCCACACUGAUGUCCCCAUGAACAUCUGCACCACAAGAGGAUUUCCUAGCACUACUACAUCACAGUGGUAGUCCCACCAGAUUUUGUGUGUGUGUGCUACUGUGGAUGGAGCCCCAGGCCUUUGCACUGAGCUGCAUCCUCAGCUGUUUUUGAUU